GUGUGGCUAUUUCAUUGUGAGGGGGAUCAGUUUGAUGUUCAGCUCAGAAUCUCUACGUUUGGUUCGUUGAAUCUCUCAAUUGGUUUGUACAGUCUCUCUCCAGGUUUGGUUUGGUCUCUGUCGGUUGCUGUGAACAGGCUCGGGUUUUACUUUGCUGGUGGUCACUGCCCCCUGUCUGGUUGUUGGCGCUCUGUCUGUACUCUUUCCCCCUCCCCUGCUUAGACCCCGCGUCCACCCCCCCUCCCCCUCACACACGGCAAAAUGGCGACUGAGAGCGAGUUGAGGCCGGACAGCGGCGACCCCUCGUCCGAGGAACGAGCCCCCAGCGUUUGCCAGAAGUCUGAAUUUGACCUGGACAGUCUCAAUAAAACCGAGCUGCUGACUUUCCUAAGUAUCCUUGAAGGAGAAUUGGAAGCCAGAGAUCUGGUGAUAGAAACGUUAAGGUCUCGCCGAAAGGAUGUUUUUACCCAGGAACGUUAUGGGACGUUUAAUCUCAGCGAUCCUUUCCUGGCUCUCCAGAGAGACUAUGAAGCAGGUGGUGAUGAUAGCAACAAAGAUAAGCAGGCCAUCUGCGCCAGUCCACUAUCCAUAUUGCAAAUUGUCAUGGAUCACUGCAAAAAGAUGCAGGAGAGAAUGUCUGCACAGUUAGCUGCAGCUGAAAUUCGACAUCGAAAGGUCAUCUUGGACUUUGAAGAGGAGAGGCAUAAACAUGCCCAAGAUGCAGCCCAGGGGGAUGAUGUUACAUACAUGCUAGAGAAAGAGCGUGAGCGGCUUUUACAGCAGGUAGAGUUUGAGAAAUCUCAAUUAAAACAACUUGAGGCAGAGAAUAAAAAGUUGUCAAUGCAGCUUGAGGAAGAACGGAUCAAAAAUAAACAGCUCGUAAUGAUGUUGGUUAAAGAGUGCAAACAGCUUGCUGGCAAAGUAGUAGAUGAAAGCCAGACACUAGCAGACAUCACCAAAGCUCUUGAUGCUGAGCAAAAGAAGACAAGUCAAUUGGAGGAGGAAUUGCUGGUGGAGAAAAAGAAAAGCCUACAGAUGGAAGCCAAAAUGGAAAAGCAGCUCUCUGAGUUUGAUAUUGAAAGGGAACAGCUGCGUGCCAAACUUAACCGUGAGGAAAACCGUACCAAAGAUCUGAGACUAGAAGUUGAAAGUCUGAAGAAAAUGAUUGAGCUUAAUUGUGUCAAAGAAGAUGGUACUGUUUCAUUGACCAAUAAUUUGAAUAAAGACAUGGCUAUUGGAUAUAGUAAGCAAACUAUGUUGUCGGUUGCUUCGCAAACAGAAACUUUGCUUGAUAUUGCCAAUGAUAAUAAGACAGUACCUGUUAAACCUGUAAAUCCUGUAUCAGUAGGAGGCACAAAGCUGUCUAGCAAUACAGUACUGGUAAAGCCAAUCAGUGAUAAACUUCUAGCAACAAUUAAUGCAGAAGAAACUAUAUCGACAACACAAACCAAAGUUGUUCCUUCCAGUUUGGAGAAUGGACCGUCAAUCAGCACCAGUCCCAGUCCUCUGCCUGGGGCAUUACCACACUUAGUAGGGGGGACAUCUCUUGUACUCAGCAAUACUGUAGUUCCCUCUCCUCCUCCUUCAGGAACAACAUCACCAUGCUCUUCGCCAGGAGCAACUAUGCAGAGUUUAAGUUCACCGAGUAUAUGCACAACUUUGCAACCAGGAUUGAGCCCAAGGAUUCAAGCUGCUCGAUUUAAAUUUCAAGCACAAACUGUGGACCAGGAGAAACACAGCUGUGUUGUAACAGGGUCCCCAUCACGGGAUUUGUCUCCCACUAGCCGAGAUAAUUCUCCUGCCAAACAGUUGGCUCGGAAUACUGUCAGUCAGGUUCUUUCAAGAUUCACAGGUCCACCGAGCAUAGUAAAGCCUCCUUGUGCAAACAGUGCAUCUCCGUUUGGCACAGAAAGCCGAAAUCUCCCUGUUAGCAACCUAAAACCCGGCUUGGCACAUCCAAUGAUGAGUGAGGGCUCACCUUAUCCACAGGUUGCUGGUAAAAUUGCCAGUUCUUUGAGCAUCUCCCCAGCUGGAUUAAAAUCUCCUACAGGAGCAAGAGUUGACCGAGGAAAUCCACCACCUAUUCCUCCAAAAAAACCAGGAUUGUCACAGACUCCAUCCUCUCCUCAUCCACCAUUAAAAGUUUUUAUGGAUGGGAAUCGAUCCCCAACUGUUGGAUUUAAUACUCGGAAUGAAGGUAGAACCAUGGCUUCAUCCACUUCCAGUCCACAUCCUGGAAUUAAAGGAACUAAUGAGGAGAUUCUUCCAAAGACAUCAUUGCCACAAUUGCCACCUAAGCCAGCAGUGGAUAUAGCAUCUACUGGCUGUGCUGUCCCUGCCGUGGCUGCAUCUCAGGUGGGUGCUAGGCCUUCCUUAUCCCCGCAGCUGAACCAAACAGCAUGUUCAGAGUGUUCCCUCAUCAUCACCACCACCACCAUCGCCUCUAGCACCUCCAUUGACCUUGCUAGUACAACCAAAAGAACCUCAUCCACUAGACCAUGUGAAACAGACAGUCUACUGAUCACAUCAUCAGGCAGGUCUCCCUCCCUAAUUCCUUCGUUAUUGUCUGGUGGUCCUGUCCCCCUGGGUGGCAGGUCCAUUCUGCUUCACCAAGCUGCUGCCCAGGGAAAUGUCACUUUAUUGUCAAUGCUGCUAAAUGAAGAUGGAAUUGAUAUUAAUCAUCCCGACGAGGAAGGUUCGUCUGCCUUGUAUUCUGCUGCUAAAAAUGGAUAUACAGAUUGUGUAACAUUGCUGCUGAAUUCAGGAGCACAGGUUGAUGCCAUUGGAAAUAAUUUAUUCACACCAUUGUGUGCAGCUGCUGCAGAGGGGCAUGUUGGGUGUGCUGAAGUGCUUAUUACUUACGGUGCAAAUAUAAAUUAUGCUGCUGAAGGAGAUCAAACUCCUCUGUAUCUAUCUUGUCUGAAUGGACACACUGAAUGUACACUUAGCUUAUUGGAAGCUGGAGCGGAUUGUGGUAUAAUGACUGUUGAUGGUUGGGCACCCUUUCACGCAGCUGUGAGCACUGGUCAUGUGGAUUGCCUGAAGCUUCUCAUGCUUCACAAAGUAUCUGGGGACAGAAGGUUUGCUGAUGAUUCAGAACGCAAAUUGAGCUUUGUAGACUCUGAAUGUGCCGAAGAGAGUGAUAAAUUCACAGUGGAACCUAAGGUUUCAGCUGACCUAAUCAACCAUGCUGACAAAGACGGUUGGACAGCUGCCCAUAUUGCAGCAUCCAAAGGUUUUAAGAAUUGCCUAGAAGUGCUCUGCUGCCAUAAAGACUUGAAUCCACAUAAAAAAGAUAAUUGUCAACGAACUGUGCUUGAUGUGGCUACAGAUGACUGCAAGCAUCUGCUGGAGAAUUGGAAUGCUCGCAAGGUGCUGCUGCAGAUUUCUUUGAAACAUAGUGAAAAUGUGUAUAACAGGACAGAACAUAUUGAAAAUAAUAUUACAAUUGGCAGCCUGACCAUACGCAAACUGACUACUUGGGAUGAUUUAUCCAAAGCUGUGACAAUAACACUUAGGAACCACUUCAAAACUGUCAUGGAUGGAUGGGAAUCAUCAGAGGCGUCAGCAUUUCUGUAUAAUACUGAAUACAGCUUUACAUCAAGUAGCAUAUCUGCUGUUCAAAUAGGUGAUGAAAUUUGGAAACCUGGACAAUUUUUGAUGUCCUCUCCUUGGUCACUGGUGCAUUGGAGCCAAAAUAACCUUGUUACAGUAUUCUUGAAUGGUUUGCAGGAAGGCUGUCUUGACAGCAUGGCUUAUGCCUCUCUACUCCCUGUCUGUCUACUUCAGAACUACCUCAGGCUGGUUGAACAGUAUCAUAAUGUAAUUUUUCAUGGACCAGUUGGAAGUUGCCAAGAUCAUAUUGCACAUCAAAUAGCAAAUGGUAUCAAGCACAAGCAAGAAGCUGUUGGUUCCAGCUGUGAAAUAAUACAAAUUGAGAUGGAAGUGAGUUCAUCAAAGAACCAGCUGGUGGAGCUGUUUACUAAAAAAGGUAUCCUGGUUCCUUUGAGACAGUCUGCUGUUACUCAGAAGGCUACUGUUGUCCUGAUAGAAAACCUGGAGAGAGCUACUUCACUUUCAGAAUUUUUGGGAGAGCUACUGGAUGCGCUAGAAAACCGGGGUGCAGAAAAUCCUUUUACUUUCCAGCAUGUUGAUGGGACUUCAGAAACUUACUACUUCCAAGAAAAUAGUUUUCUGAUAGGGACAAUGGCAAAGAUGAGACUUCAAAGUUCAGACUUGAUGGUGCAGCAACAUUUUCGAUGGGUUCAGCUUCGAUGGGAUGUGGAACCUAUUAGUGGCUUGCUUCAGAGGUUUCUCAAAAGACAAAUUAUUCACAAGUUCCAAGGGCAGUUACCGGCUCCGACUGAUCCAACAUAUAAGGCUGUGCAGUGGGUAUGUCGGGUCUGGCAUCAGCUGAAUUCCUACUUGUCUCGCUUAGGAACACCUGAGGCGUUGAUGGGACCAAGAGACUUCUUUUCCUGUCCAAUCUUACCAGGCCAGGUUCAACCCAUAAUGAAAUGGAUGGCCAGCUUGUGGAAUAGUGUCAUUGCUCCCAGAGCAGAAGAAGCAAUACUUUCCAGGGCCUCAGUGCGGAGACCUUCUCGACAAGGGCAACCUGUAAAUAAGAUCCUUAAUCAGGGGCAACAGGCUGUAGUUAAGGCUGCUCUGAGCAUCCUGCUUAAUAAAGCUGUUCUGCAUGGUUGCUCUCUUUCAAGGCAAGAUUUUGAACAAUAUGCACCAGAAUUCCAAGGAUGGAGUUUUCCUUUAACAAUGAUAUCCAAUUACAAAGCCAGCAAGAAGAAAAUAGAUAGCAAUGCAUGGCGAAAAGUGAGCACUGGCCCCCGUAAGAAGUCUAUCCAUUCAGUGUCUCCAUCUUGGAGCAAAUUUGAUGGGCAAAGAGAGGGUAUUCAGCUCAUGCCAGAAUUGCAGAAAAGCUUCAGCAAGUUGAAUACGCAGGUGAAAUUGCAUUCACUUGAGAGUGGUCCACUGAAGACUGCAGAUCUAGAACAAGGGUUGGCUCUAUACGAUGAAGACGUUGACAUAAUUGAGGAGCUCCAGAGUAUGUGCUUAAGCAAGUCUGAGUCUGAUAUAAGCAAGAUCGAUGUAUCAAAAGAUCUUUCCUUUCUGAUACCGAAUUCUCAGCGUGAUCAGUCAUCCCUGAAGAUGCUGAAAAAUCAUCAUACUGCUGAGUUACCAGUACCAAAGGUUUUGGACUGUCCUGUACAAAAUGGCACACCCAUGUCAAGUAGCAGCAGCACUAAAAGAAUGAGCAGAUCAGGCAUCUCAAGAAUGAAAUCGCAUCUGCCUGUACUUCUGAAUAACACAGACCGUAUUCACCGCAGCAACAGUAAUACAAGGCAUUCAGAAUCCAAUAUCAACACAACGAAGGAGAUUUGGAACCUCUGCAAAACUUUACAUGAAACCAAUAAAAAAUAAUUCUGUUUGAAGCUUUUUUUUAUAUAAAGUCUUCAAUUUAACAAAAUAUGUAUGAACCACAGAUCUGUAAUAUAUUAAACAAAAUGUAAAAUUCUCCUUUUAUUGUUAAAUGUUUAUUUGGGGACCACACUUUCUGUAUAUUGAAUGUUGUUGGUGCUAUGACAGAGCACUAGUUUUUAGUUGUUGCCUUUCUGUUUUAUUGAAUACUUGGAUUGUGUACCUAUAGAUGGCUUUUUUUUGCCAAGCAAAGAAAGAGAAUUUAUACAAAUAGCAAAUGGUUUGUUGCACAUAUAAGCAUUUGCAAUUGUUGUUAAUAUGUUGUUGUUAUUCAGGGUUUUUCCACAGAAGUAUAUAUAUUAUGAAGUGAGCAGAACUAUGUGGUACAUAGUUCGUAUCCAUGGCAUGAUAUGUACAGUAUCUGCAAAUGUAUUUACAAUUUUAAUAUAAAAAACCUUUUCAUUGGAUGUUAUUCAGUGAAUAGAAUGUGGCAAUAAAUGUCAAUGAAAUGCUGAUUUUUUUUU